AUUUGGUUAUGUGUAUUAUCUAUGUUGACAGAAUUGACGUGAUUGUGAAAUGUUGUCUGAUUACAACUGAAAAACUUAUUGUUAUUUUAGUUUUUAACGAGGUUUUUGAUCAAAUUAUCGGUCUUGCAUAUGCUUUAAUAUGCAUAAAUUACAACAAUCAUAAUCUAAAAUUAUCAUCAUGCCUAAAAGGAAGACUGGUGUCAAAGAUAUCAUUUAUGAAUUAGACAAUGAGGAUCUCGAACUCAGCAGUGAAGAUGACGUUUUGGAGACAAAAAUAAGGCGUUUAGAUACUGAUGUAGUGCCUUAUUCCGCUGAAAGCGAUUGUGUUAUCCAGGAAACACCUGUAGACGUUAUAAAUAUUGACAGUUCGUGCGAGGAUGCUGGAGAAAACAAUGCUGAUGAAAAAGAGGGAAAUGGAGGGAAAAUAACGAAUCAACCCUUGAGAUCUAAUGACAACUCUAGUGAACUAUAUACAAUAUGUGUAGAUGAAGACUUAGGUACUGAAGAAAGCACUAAAAUUUUUAAUGAUGAUAUUUCUGUAGACACUCCUACAUCGAAUAGCGACGGUAGUGUAGUAGGCUGUGUAAACAGGACACCUCUUGUGAGCGUUCAGUUUAGAGACAAAAAACUGGCUAGUAGCUACAAGCAAAAAGUAAAAGCGUUUAUGCUGAAACUUAUAAAGAUUCAUAAUGACGAUGCAUUAGAAGGUUCAGAAUGUGAGACAGACUUAGAACUUGACAUUUGGCCAGAAGAUGUUGUUGAGGAACUUCCUAAACAAGAGGAAGUGAAGACUGUAGAUGAUAGUCUCUUCUUUGUUGAUACAGAUCCAAGUGUGAAUUGUGCUAUUGAAGAAAUACCUAGAUACAGUGAGGGAUCAAACUUAAUAUCAGAUAAUGUGGAAACAGAGUUGCCAUUGAAUUCAGUCCGCCCGUUAAAACGAGGUCCAAUUUGUUUUAAUUGUGAUGGUAGCCAUGCUUUGAGAGAAUGCAAACAGCCUAGAGAUGCAAUUCGAAUAGCCGAACAACGGCGUAAUUUCACGAAGGUUGGCCGUUACCAUGUGGAAGAUGAACAAAAGUAUGGGCACUUGGUGCCUGGCCGUAUUUCUGGACAACUUCGACACGCAUUAGGUUUGAAGAGACACGAAUUACCAAUGCAUAUUUAUCGCAUGAGGGUGUUGGGGUAUCCGCCAGGAUGGCUAGAGGAAGCUCGGAUAUCACAUUCUGGAAUAACAAUGUUUGAUUCUUCUGGUAAUCCAAUAACAGAACUUGACGAGGAAGAUGGUGAAGUAUGCGAGCCUGGUUCUAAAGACAAGUUUGAUAUUAAAAAGAUCUACGACUUCCCUGGUUUCAAUGUUCCCGCCAGUUCUAGAUACAAAGAGGAAGGCGAACAAUUCGGCUUCCCAUCCUUGUCCUUACAGGACAGUAAAAUAGCAAUGCUGCAAAAUUUGGCUCCAAAUGCGAUGAAGGCUUACAAACGGAAGAAACUUACUUUCUUUCCCUCAUCAAAUUUGGAAAAACCUGAAGGCGAAGCUGAAAUGGAACUCGACAGCGGAGAUGAGGAGAUAGCGUUUCCGACUGUCCCUCCGUUACCAGACGAGAUGCCUCCUCCUCCUCCCCCUCUACCGCCUUCCCCGCCGCCACCUCCGCCGCCACAUACACAAACAGAUAUGGAGGAAAAAAUAAAAACAUUGAAUGAAACACAGAACGUAUCAAUUAGUGACCCCGUAACAGCUACAGAUGAAAUAGAAAUAUCGAAUACUUCUAAUGGCCGCUAUAGUCCGAGUAUCGAAGAUCUAGAAGCAAAGAAGAAGUUAUUAUUAGAGGUCAUUGAAAAUGAAAAUGAAGUUGCAAAUGAGGAAGCUGCACAAGACGUAGAAAUUCAGAAUGAAAGUAAUAAUGGAAUCGACGCAGAAAAUAAGGAGAAAGAAGUCAUCGCUGUUGAAAAUGUAACAUCUAACAAUGAUGCCGGGAGAGUUCCAACACCGAACUCAGUAUUAAGCGAUGAGAAAUCAUCAUUGACACCGCGACCGGCUAGAGAGGUCGUCGAGAAAGAGCAAGCGCGUUCAGAGGACAACAGAGAUCAAAUCCUCACUCCCAAACGCGACACAACUUGUAGCAGUAAUGACGAAACGCCGACUACUACAGCUGGUAGUGACACCGAUGUAUUGAAAACACCAGACGCACAGCAAACAGGUCGAGUGAAGACCACGGACUACGGCACUCCGGUCCUCAACAUCGCGUCUCCUUACCGCAAGCUACCGAGCGGGACCAAAUUCGCCAAAGACAUCUGUGACGUUUUAUAUUUCGAAAACCUGCCAAAUUCGACGGGAAAUUAUAAAAAAAUGACCACCCUGCUCAAGAAAGUUAAAGACGAAGUUGACAGGAUACAAGAUUCAUGAUCCACUAUUUCCGCAUUGAAAUAAAUGUGGGUCAUCAAGUGACGAACUGUUGUAUUUUAAAGCGUUUAAUUUUUAUUUUUGUUCGUGUCCUUAUGGGGUCCUACAGGGGCAAAGAAGAAUGAGUUUCAUUUAGAUUACAAUAAGUAUGUGGUAUAAUUAGAUAAAGGGUUUUAUAAACAUUUGUGCGGCUCAUUAAUUACCUUGAAAGUUCGAAAUUCAAGAAGACUGUCAUUUUGUUUGUAUCCAGAAUGUUCUCGGUUAUUCUAAUUUGUGUCGCAGAUAGUAGUUCCGUUCAAAGAUUUUGGGCUCUUUAAGUACAACAAUAUUCUAAAAUUUAUUUUUUCUAGGUAAAACAUAUUAAUAUUAAUAUAACAUUUGACUUUGGAUUGCUAAAUAAAUUAAGAUUUUAUAUACAAUAUUAAAACAUGACACUAAAAAUCUUUCAUAUUUGCCCUAGUAUUGUUAAUUUUAUUACCUUUAUAGAUAGACAAGAAUACAGCACUCACCAUUAUUGUUCGUGGACAUGGCAAUGUCAGGGGUACACUUAGUCCGCGGCCUACUUAGCCGACGCAAGUCUUAUUAAAGCUAUUAACCAAAUAUCAAUUCAUAUUGAUGUUUCAUUUUGACUAUCUAGUGCUCUUGUACAAAGUACAAUAUUUUUAAAUCAUGGAAUGAAACUGUUAAUGUUAAUAUAUGUACAUACAUACUUUUAAACAGUUUUAAUUUCUAGUACCUAAUAAAUUUUUACACGUGU